CCUAGAAGACAAUCAGGUGAUAGUCCUGGAAGGAAACGAGAUUUUUCCCCAGUCCCUUGGAGCCAGUACUUUGAAGCUAUGGAAGAUGUUGUGGUUGAAAAUGAAAAUGGCAAGGAUACUUUUCGAAUUUAUAAAAGUGGAUCGGAGGGCCCUGUCUUACUAUUGUUGCAUGGAGGAGGCCAUUCUGCUCUCUCCUGGGCUGUGUUCACUUCUGCGAUUAUUAACAGGAUUCAGUGUAGGAUUGUGGCUUUAGAUCUCAGAAGUCAUGGUGAAACAAAAGUUAGAAAUCCUGAAGAUCUAUCAGCAGAAACUAUGUCAAAAGAUGUUGGAAACGUGGUUGAAGCUAUGUACGGGGACCUCCCUCCUCCAAUCAUGCUGAUUGGGCACAGUAUGGGUGGGGCCAUUGCAGUGCACACAGCAGCGUCCAAUUUGGUACCCAGUUUAUUGGGUCUUUGCAUGAUUGAUGUUGUGGAAGGCACAGCCAUGGACGCAUUGAACAGCAUGCAGAACUUCUUACGGAGUCGUCCCAAAACAUUCAAGUCAAUUGAAAAUGCAAUUGAAUGGAGUGUGAAAAGUGGACAGAUAAGAAAUCUUGAAUCGGCCAGAGUUUCUAUGGUUGGCCAAAUCAAACAGUGUGAAGAGGCUGCUAGUCCAGAGGCCCCUAAAGCUAUAGUGGAAGGGAUUAUUGAAGAGGAGGAGGAGGAGGAGGAAGAGGACGAAGACUAUGAAGGAAGGGGAUCUGUUAACAAACGGAAGAAGGAAGAUGAUACAGAGACAAAGAAGGAACAUCUGUAUACAUGGCGAAUCGAACUGGCGAAAACAGAAAAGUACUGGGAUGGGUGGUUUAGGGGCUUAUCCAACCUCUUCCUCGGUUGUCCGACGCCAAAGCUGCUGCUUUUAGCGGGUGUUGACAGGCUGGAUAAAGAUCUAACAAUUGGACAGAUGCAAGGGAAGUUCCAGAUGCAAGUCCUCCCUCAGUGUGGCCAUGCAGUCCACGAAGAUGCUCCAGACAAGGUUGCUGAAGCUGUUGCAACUUUCUUGAUCCGUCACAGGUUUACAGAACCAAUUGGUGGAUUUCAGUGCGUGUUUCCUGCUUGUUAAUAUCCUGAUGUUCUCCAGCACUGAGUUCCGUUGUAAAUAAACUGCACCAGAGGCCACUGUGAUGUAUCCAUAUCCUUCUCAUCCAUCCACUUCUGCAGUGACAAGAAAUUGGCAUGAGAUCUGUCCCAUAGAACUGGUUUCUAGGAACUUCCUUGCCGGCAGGCAGCUCGCAUCCCAGACCUUGUGACACUCGUCUCUGCUGACCCAAGGGGAGAGAGCCUGAAACCCCGAGUAGUAGAACGUCUCUCUUAUCUCCAUGAAUCCUCAGGCUCUGUUGAACACAAUCACUAAGAGGCUUUGGGCAGACCGGAUUUCCCCAAAGGGCAUUGCAGCAAAACUGAAGACGUCAGGAUUCCUUCAUGGAACGAUAUGGGAAAUGCAGCCACGGAAUGGCUUUUUUCCCUGUAAAUCUGAGGAACCAGAUUUUUUUUUAAAGUUUUUUCAGCUUACCAGGGCCAUCCAUAUGUUUUUUUUUUUUUUUUUUUUUUUAGGGCCUGUAAAUUGUGGGAGAGAGAACCAGCUGUACUAUGAAUUGCUUUCUCUUCCAGUUCACUAAGGCCAGGGUUGGGAAAAUGGCAUCAUAAGCACCUUUGAAGGGUCCUCCCAUUUCCUUGACAAAUUCACUUCCUGAGUCUCUGCAGGAGAAUAGUCUCCCCAUAUAGACACUUAGGGUAUGUCUAGACUUCAUGCCUCUGGCGACAGAGGCAUGUAGAUUAGGCUACCCGGCAUAGG